AUGCAGUUCAUUGUACCGAAAUGGAUCUUAGUAUUGAUCACUACACUGCAGAUAGCACAAAUGAUUUGGGGUUGCUUCAUUACUAUGACGGCUUACAAUUACGUAAGAAGUGGUGAACAUGUUGUGCAUUCCUCACAACGCUAUAAUCGGUAUAUAUACACAUAUAUACUUCAACUACUUCAUCCUUUUCGGUAAAUUCUUCAAAGAGACUUAUUUAUCCAGCAAGCGUUCGAAAAAGGUAAUGAAAUACAAGAUGCCGAGCAGGAUUAA